AUGUCCACAUUCUUUACUCUCCUUUUUCUAACAAUUGCAGUAAUUGGAUCCAUGGCAGGACUUCUAGGAAAUGGAACUAUCUUGGCUGUCAGUUCAAUUAGCUGCAUCAGGAGCAAAAUAUUGUCACAUUUUGACAUGAUUAUGAUCUUCCUGAGUUUAUCCAGAUUCUUUUUGCAGGCUUGGAUGAUGCUGGAUUUGUUCCUGAGUUUGUUUUGCAAGACAUACUAUUAUGAAGAAAAUUUUCUUGUAACUUCCAGGACAGUUUUUGUGUUUCUGAACUACUCCAGCCUCUGGUUUUCUGCCUGGCUUAGUGUCUUCUAUUGUACCAAGGUUGCUAAUUUUACUCAGUCUUUGUUCUUCUGGCUGAAGCAAAGAAUUUCCAGUCUCAUGCCCUGGAUGCUGAUAACAUCAACUCUUUUCUCCCUUGCAACCUCUCUUCCUUUCUCCUGGGAUGUCUACAACGUAUACAACAACUUCACUUCUCCUGUAAACACAACAAACUCUUCAGAAAUGAGAGUCACAAUGAAAGCUAGUCUGUUUUCUUUCGUUCUUCUGUGCAACACUGGUACAGCUCUGCCUUUAACAGUGUUUAUUGUUUCAAGUAUCCUGCUGAUUAGGUCUCUGUGGAUACACACCAGACAGAUGCAAAAUAAUGCAAGUGGCUUCAGAGAUCCCAGCUUAGAGGCCCAUAUUCGUGCCAUUAAGUCACUCUUUUCCUUCCUUAUCCUCUAUGUUACAAAUUUUAUUUCUGUCUUUCUGAUUUUAUACAACAUUUUUCCACCUUUAAGCCUUGGGGAAGCCAUAUGUACAGCUGUAAUACCUGCCUGUCCUGCAGGACACUCUAUGAUCUUAAUCUGGAGCAACCCCAAAUUUCGAAAGGUGCCAGCUAGGAUUUUGCAACACGCAAACUGUCACAUCAGAACUAGAUCCAUGUGA